ACAAAUUAAAAAUAACUUAUUAUUUCUACUGCUCCCAUAGAGAUCAGUGCAGUUUUUAAAUAAUUUGGUUCCUCCCUUUAUAAGUCUAAAUGCCCUACAGAUAGUAUAAAAUUGAAAGAUUUCCUUAAAAGUAUUGACAUUACUGUUAUUGAUAAAGUAUCUGUAAGGGGUCUGGACUCUCUGUUAUCUCUUGAAGAAAUCAUAGUCUCAAUUAAGGCAAUGCAGUCUAAGCCCCAGACCCAGAUGUUUUUUUAUUGAGUUUUAUAAAAUGCUUAUUGAUAAAUUGGCAUCGCUGUCUUUUGUAAGAGUUUUUUAAAUGUGUUUUCUUUAUUAACACGACAGGAAGAAGAAAGAAAGGAUGGAACCGGCGUAACACAAAACUGUUGUAACACACUUGUUGCAAAAGUCUGAGAGUGACACCUAGUGGCAAAUUACUGGACUACAACAGCUUUUUGAUAAAUAAAAAAGACAAUGGUCACAAGAGAGUCCAGAAGGCAGAAGAAAGAUGACUUUCAUGAUCAGUGUGGGAGAAGUUUUUCUCGUCAGGCUUGUCUAAAAUGUCACCAGCACAUUCACACUGGAGAGAAGCCUUAUAACUGCUCACAGUGUGGAAAAGAUUUUUCUAAAAUGAGUAAUCUCCAGCGUCACCAGCGCAUUCACAAUGGAGAGAAGCCUUAUCGGUGCUUACAGUGUGGAACAGAUUUUACCUAUCAGAGUACACUAAAACAACACCAGCACAUUCACACUGGAGAGAAGCCUUAUAAAUGCUCAGAGUGUGGAAAGAGUUUUGCCCAGCAGAAUUCACUAAGUCUGCACCAUCUCACUCACACUGGUGUGAAACCUUAUCCCUGCUCACAGUGUGGAAAGUAUUUUAUUAAUCAAAGUUCACUAAAAAGACAUGAGCGCAUCCACACUGGAGAGAAGCCUUUUAAGUGCUCACAGUGUGGAACAGAUUUUUCUCAAUUGUGUCAUUUCCAAAGUCACCAGCGCAUUCACACUGGAGAGAAGCCUUAUAAAUGCUUAGAGUGUGGAAAGAGUUUUGCCCAGGAGAUUACACUAAAACGUCACCAGCUCAUUCACACUGGAGAGAAGCCUUAUAACUGCUCACAGUGUGGAAAGAGUUUUGCCCAGGAGAGUACACUAAAACAACACCAGCGCAUUCACACUGGAGAGAAGCCUUAUAAGUGCGCACAGUGUGGAAAGAGUUUUGCCCAGGAGAGUACACUAAAAAAUCACCAGCGCAUUCACACUGGAGAGAAGCCUUAUCGGUGCUCACAGUGUGGAACAGAUUUUACCCAGCGGAGUACACUAAAACUUCACCAGUGCAUCCACACUGGAGAGAAGCCUUAUAACUGCUUACAGUGUGGGAGAAGCUUUAGCCAAAAACGAUCACUAAAAUGUCACCAGUGCAUUCGCACUAAACAGAAUUCUCAUCACUGCUCACAGUCUGGGAAGAAUUCAGCACAUUCAUAAUAGAGACAAAAUUAAGUGAACUUUGGGGUCAAGGGUGCUCUAGCCUUCCCCCCCCAUUAGCUUCACUGAUACGUGGAUUUCUUAAAGCUAUACAUCUGUUUAUUACUUAAGUUCUCUUUUUUUUAUGUGGAUGUGUGUGGAAAUGCUCUUAUUUUUAUUGUUAAACAUUCUUUUUUUCUUUUUAGUUCUAAACACAAGUAAUUUUAGCAAUUUUAAAUUCAAAUUAAACUUUUAUUUGUCACAUACACAGUCAUACACAGUACGAUAUGCAGUGAAAUGCUUACACGUUCGCCCGUGACCUAAAAAAAAAAAACAUUUUACAAGAAAUAAUAGUGAGAAAUAUAAAAAUAGAAAAGAGGCAAUAAAAAAAUAAAUAUUUUACCUAUAAGAAAGUUAAACAAAAUAUACAAGUUUUCAAGAUAUAAAAAUAUAAACCUAUCUGUACAGACAAAAAUUAAUUUAAAUGCAAAUAAUAUGUGGAAUGAAUGAAGUGUGCAAUUGUCCCGAGGUGUGCAAUUGAGCAUUGUUUGUGCAAAUGUGCAAUAUGUGCAAUAAUUUACCCUUCUGAAACAAAGGAACAUUAUUGCCAUGACCACUGGACAUCUCUUCAGAUAUGUCUUUUUGUUGUUUAAGAAAUGAUAAGAUACUUCCUGCAUCAGUUCGUGUUAAAUAACUUAAUGCUGCUGAAUCAUAUUAAUCACGGCAGUAAAUAUCCAAUGGAAAGUAAAUAAUUUUGUGGAAUAUUACAUAUUUUAUUAAUUAAAAGAAAAAUACUCCUUUCAUAGUGUAAUGGAAUGUUUCAUCCAUAAUGGUUUCUAAUGUCUUCUAUAUAAAUAAAAAAAAGGUUUUGUCUGUACAUUGGCCAGAACUUUUUCCUUCAGUUACAGUUAAACCUUGGAUUGUGAGCACAAUUCAUUUGGGAAGCGAGCUUGUAUAUCAAAACACUUGUAUUAUACGAGUGACACACGCACAGUGAGGAUGGGGGACAAUUACCCACAAUCCCAACGCGCAAAAGAGAGAAGAAUCAUUGGGUCAUAUGUACUACAGUACUCUUACUGUAUAUUAAUACCUUGCUCGUUCAACAAGUU